UGAACGGCUAAACACGGCGCUGAAGCAAGUGCUCUCUCGGCCGCCAUCAUACGUUGAUCAUCCUCUCUGCAAUCCUUCAUUCUAUUACAUCCAGGAAACUCAAAACAAUCAGUGCUGUAAAAGUAUUACUAAUCCCAACCCAAAAUGAUAGAAGAAGCGCAUAUUGUACACCAAGAGGCAUCAUUGCAUAUCCAUCAAGGACCACCAGUGUUGCAAGUUCAAGGGGAAACAAUGAUGCAUGUUCAUGAAGAAAGUAGUCCAGAAGGGGAAACACCAAAAGCUAAGAGGAGAAGACUAUCAGAUGCCGAGGGAGUAAACCAGUUAGGAGGAUGCUUCGCCAAUGGCCGCCCUCUCCCUACACAGAUUCGCACACAGAUCGUGGAGUUGGCACGGGAAGGAGUACGACCAUGUGACAUCUCCCGACAGCUCAAAGUGUCCCAUGGGUGUGUCAGCAAGAUCCUUGUCAGAUUCUACGAGACAGGGUCCAUCAAGCCAGGCGUCAUUGGUGGCAGUAAACCAAAGGUGGCCACCAGAGACGUCGUUGACAAGAUCGCAGACUACAAGCGCGACCCAACCAUCUUUGCCUGGGAAAUCCGCGACAGGUUACUGUCGGAAAGCAUUUGCGGCAAGGAGACAGUUCCAAGCGUCAGCUCCAUCAACAGGAUAUUGCGGAAUAAGAUUGUGAACGGUUAUGUUAUGGAAGAAGCGACACUGACCAGAAAGAAACAGCAGAUCGCCGAACUAGAUCUUCCCGAUGAAGCUCUUCCAACUCAAGUCACCAUCCAGCGCCCGACCCCGCAGCAGCUUAUGGCUCACAACUCGCAGCAACCCACGACCAUCACUCCUGCCCAGUUCGCGCAAUACUACAGCAGCCUCCAGCAGCAGAGUCCGCAGGCUGGCGGGUAUCCCAUUCACGUCCCAACGACGUCCCCCCAAGCAGCGGCGGCGGCCACGGUAGCCCCUAGUGGUGCCACCGUCAGGCUCCCGCCGGCCUACACCAUAAAGGAACUCUUGGAUGCGCAAGCAUUUGCCCAACGUAACGGCGUCAGUCCUCAGACCAGGCCGACGAUGGCCCAGCUGUCCCCGGCCAAAGGAGUAGAGGGUGUGCAGAUGGCUGAACCUAUGGCCCACGUCCGCACCGUCCAAUUGGCAGUUCCCACUAGACCAAACCAGCCGAACCCGGUCAGAACAGCCGUCACCGCCAACCAAUCCCCUACAGCCAUCACUCCCGCGCAGAUGACUGCCUUCACCGGCGUCGCCAUCAAGACAGAGCAACCUGACACCGAUGCCAAUGCCAACGCCCGGGCCAGCAGCUUGAAAGGUUACUACGAGAGCUUCGCCAGGGAGCUAGCCAUGAGUGCCGGAGCCAUUCCGUCCCAGGAGCAGCGACUCGUGAUUCCUUUAUCCGAGUCGGCAGGGUUGCACACAUUGACACCUGUGCAGAGUGAUACGAACGUAAGGGGCGCUUAUACGCGAGUGGUUGAAAGUCCCAAAGCGGAAGAAUUGAGAUUAGCACGAGUCCGACAAGCAGGCACCCCUGUCCUAAGCGCCGGUAGCCCUGGAGUAGCUGACAAUGCCACCUUCACGGAGCUAAAGCCCGCCAGUGUUCUCGGUUAUCAAGAAGUGUACCCGACUGCGCAACCUCCCAUUCAAAAUGCUACCACACUCACGACAGCCGGCCAGACCACCGGGAUCACCACUGCCUCAUUAGCGACCUUCUUGCCCAACACCACCACAGCUCCAGUGAAAGCAGACUACGCUGCCCAAAUCCAUCACCUACAACAAGCCAGUCUAGCCCUGGCCCACCGGCAACAGCAAGAGCAGCAUCAGCUCCAGCUGCAACAAGAGCAUCGUCAACACAUGCAAGAUGGAAUCCCCCACGACAUUUCUUCCCCAAACAACCCGUGGCCCGCUCGACCGAGUCUUGUCUCCUCACACCCUGCAUGAUAUCAUUAUGUGUUUCACUGUUUUUCAUUUUGAGCCGCGUCAUCAUAAUACCCGUCUCCCAUCGACUAAAUACAGAACUGAUGACAAAACUGAAAAGGUCACUUCCAAAACCUAUGCAUCAAACGAACACAUCUUGCUUCUUGCAAGAAAAUAGUUAUAUAUUUGUUAGUAUUGCCAAUGUGAUACAAUAUUAUCUAUAAUUUUGCUUUUGAUUUUAUUUUCUAAAUUCGUCUGCAUUUAUCGCAUAGAGCAUCAAAUAUUAUAACUUUUUUAAUUUUUUAUUUCAGUUAUUGGUAAUACAUUUUAUUUCAUUUUUUAAUUUUCUUUUGUAUAGUUUUUUGGUGCAGGAUCAGCUGCUGUAUAGACAAUAUUUGUUGAUUUUAAUUAUUUUGUAUUUUGUAUUUGAUUAUAUAUUAUUAAUUCCUUGAAUGUAACCUCUGGGUUUGUCCGAAUUCCAGUUUUUCUUCUGAUGACACAAAAUAAUAAUGUAUUCAUGACCUUUUAUUUAAUGUGAUGGUUCAAACCACCCCAGAGGUAUUUUUGACAAAUGUUGAGGAUUAAAGUAUAUAAAUAUAUUUCUUUAUAAUGUGUUACUUUCAGGUUUAUGCAAGAACGCCUUUCUAAAUGUUUCAAAACGAUUGGGUGAUCAGUGUAUUAUGUUCAAUGUCCUGGUUAAGCGGUGUGACUAUUUCUACUAGUGCUUUCAUCACACAUUUUACGAGGUUUAGAAAGUAAGAGAGUAAAGUUUAUAUGCAUUCAUCGGUCUUUCUCAUUUAUUGCAUUACCAUAGUAGAGGCUUACCAUAUAUUGUGAAACAAGGCUUAAACAGAGUGUUAUACCUUUUGCUGCUUUUAACAGAAUACAUUUAUAUCAAUUAUCUGAAGAUAACAAUUUAGUUUUAUAUGAGAGAGUUUCUUUUUAACAGAAGACCUUAUGGAAUAUAUUCAAAGAUGGAUUUAUAAUGAUGUAAAACUGAAUCUGGAAAGUAAGAAGGUGGAAAUAGUACUGUGAGUUAUGCGAUGUAAGAUGAAUUGUGUAUAUAGGAAAACAAUAAUGCCCACUACUCACAAGUCGUUAAUUCGAACGCGCUAAUUUCCUAAUUUACUAUACGCUAAUAUUAGCCAUUAAUUCAACGUAACGUUUCCACUAUUCCUUUCGCAUUCAUUUUGUUUUGGUACGAUGCCGUUUUAAAGUUGCGGAAAGACCGCAACAGCGGCUGACGCAGUCAUAACGUCAGGCAAAUCACGUAACAGUGGCUGACGCAGUCCUAACGUCAGGCAAAUCACGCAACAGUGGCUGACGCAGUCCUAACGUCAGGCAAAUCACACCUCGUGUGCACCAUUGAAAUCCAGUGCAGCAGAAGCGUGUUAUUGCCAGCACACUAAUAGGCCAAAUUCAAUGACUAUAUCAGUGGAUGCCAAGGUGAGAUUGGAAUCAGGAGAGAUAACAUUUAACAAAUCUUUAUCUUUUAAAGUUUCUUUAAUUUUAAUUUCAGUAAUGUUGAUCUUUUUUUCUUCUUACGGCUUUCCCAAUUCAUACGAGUUCAAACGGUGCUUUUCUAAAGCAGCUCUCUUCUAAAGAUUGUCUUUCAAGCUAAUAUUCAAAGUUACUAGUUUGUUUCUCUUCUAUAAUAUUAAUGUAAGAUUAACACAAGGUGGAAUUUCUGUUUGUCAAUUGAUAAUAAUUGUGAGGAAAAAGAGGGUGACUUUAUUCCUACAUUCUUUCAGUUGUAAUAAUAUAUUGAUUUACAUGGACCUUGAGGCAUGUGAGACCCUAUUGAGAAAAACGUGUUUAUUUCUGUUUACUGAUGCAUGGAAUAUGUUAUGAAAAGAUGGCAGUCCUUAAAAUAAGUAUGUUGAAUGUGUAAUUAUAUUUAAAUGUCUUUUCACCAUUUAAUGGCAAAAUAUUUGUAUGUUCAAUACAUUGUAUCCUUUGCAGCUUUAGAUUCAAACUAUAUCUUUCAGUACUGGUUUGUGGUCAACGUUUCUUUCAAAAAAGUAUCAACAUUCCAUUUAGUAUGACGGUCAACCAUGUAAAGGAAACUUUUCGAAAAAAUACAAAUAUUUGCAUAAAUAAUAGAGAACACACGUGAUAUAAA